UCGAUUCUAAUGGUCGUUCCGUCACACGAAUCUCAAGUGCUGGAGUUAGGUUAAUUCUCCAUAAGUAUAGCCUACAAACGAUGGUGUAAUUUAUUUAUUAUCGCGAAAUUUUACAAAUCUCAGCUCGAUGAAAUGUUCUUUACACUCGAGAGAUACGCUGUUCGCGUGGGUACACGGUACUUGCGACGAUACUUCUCGAAGAACACGGACGUUUUGACGAACGAACCGCAAGAAUUUGUGCUGCGUGCCGACGAAGACUUUAAAUUAUUACGCCGGGAAGGACACAAAUCACUAAAAAUAGCUAUUUUGGGUGCACCGAACGUUGGCAAAAGCACGAUCGUCAAUCGACUUGCCAGGAGAUUGAUAUGUCCCGCAUCCUCCAAAGUUCAUACCACACAGGCCAAAGCAGAUGCAGUCUAUUGCGAGGGUGAUACUCAGUUGAUAUUUAUGGAUACACCUGGUAUGGUUUGCGAGAAAGACCAUAAACAAUAUCGAUUAGCUAGCAGCUUCAAGAACGAUCCACAGGAUUGCUUGAAGGCAUCGGACAUCGUGGGAAUUGUGCAGGAUGCAGGCAAUGUACAUACCAGAGACAGGAUUGAUCCGAACGUAUUGGAAUUAUUGAAAUUAACUAAAGAUAUAAGAAACCAGAUUUCGUUGAUCCUGAUCUUUAACAAAGUAGACAGAGUAAAGAAAAAGGAAUUGCUGUUGCAUCUCAUAAGGGUUAUAACCGAAAGCAAGAAAUCUCUGAAUUUCUCUGACGUAUUCAUGCUCUCUGCUUUGACUGGCAAUGGCAUUGACGAUCUAAGGACUUAUUUGCUCGACUCGGCCAAGCCGCGAGACUGGUGCUAUGAGGAACACGUGUACAGCGAUCACACAUGCGAGGACAUAAUACAGCAGACAGUGCGGGCUAAAUUGCUGGACGAUCUGCCAAACGAAGUCCCUUACAAAUUGCACGUGAAGCUGGAGCAUUUUGAUGUAGGACCUGACGACAGCAUCGCGGCAUUGGUGUCUGUCACGUGUCCUACUAAGCGUAUCAUGAACCUCUUAUUGCACGCCAGAGGCAACAGAAUAAGGGAUAUCGCGGUUAGAGCCGAGCAGGAAUUACGGAACGCCUUUCGAACGUCGGUAAGAUUAAAAAUAGGUGUACAGACGACAUAAUUUCCAUUCGAUUGUACAUUCGAUACUUGUAAAAUAAAGUUGCUUAUUAUGUA